AUAAAACCAUCAUAAUAGUUUUUUAAAAAAAAUUUAGCGAUUGGCUGAAAAUUUACUUGAGUGCCACUGACGAAAUUCAUCGGGAAGAAAGGGAGUUUGGAAGUGGCGGAGGGUACUCUGAUUCAAAUUCACUAUAGAUCUCUCUGCUUUUAGAUUUCACCUGGCACGCAAAUGUGGAAAUGACGAGCUGCUCAUCAUCGAGGACGAAGAUCGGGAAGAUAUGUUCUCCGGCGCCGACCAGUGCAGUGGAUUUGAAGGCCGGACGGUGGAAAAAGCCGAGUACUCGGAACCCACUGAAGGACAUCAAUAGCAUUGCCAAUGGCAACAGUAUCAGUAGCAGCACUUCUUCGGUCUCCGUCGAAGCUCCCAGAGGCUGUCUUGGUUUCUGUCUCUCAAACAAUUUUUCUUCUUCUUCUUCUACUUCUUCUUCGAGAACCAAUGUCCAGAGAACCAGAAGAACACUCCCCAAAACCCCUAAAUCUGCCCCGAAUCCGAGGCUCUCCAAGCCGUCCAGAUCCAAACCCUCGAGGGAAAACCUAAAUCUCCCACACCGAGCCUCCAAGAAUGUCGAUAAGGCUAAGAAAAAUACCCCAUCCCUGUACCAGUGGCAUGCCGGAAGAAAACUCAGUUCAUUAGCUGUCCAGAAGCCCAAGAUCCAUCUGCCGAAAAACCCUAGUGAGCCUCCUGAGCUGAGAUUAUUAGGUGUAGAAGCUGGCAUUGUUGAUGCAAAUUGUACUCCUGAUAGUAAAUUGGAUUCCACACUCGAUAAGGCUGCACUAGAUAGUGACAAAAAAACACCACCUGUGGAGGUCUCGGUGUCUCCGGAGAUUCAACAGUUGGGGUCGUCCGUGUUGUCGACAACUACACCUGCUUGUUAUGGUGCUGGGCAUAUGCUUUCUGGAGUCACAGAUAAAAGGAAGUGCAGGCCCAGAGGGAUCCUCACUGUGGGCGAUGAUCUUGGUAUUGGUAAAGCUGAGUUUUUUGACAGUGAUGAGGACGAAAAUGUAACGAGGGAUCCUCGUAUGUUUCCUAGGGUUUCUCCAGAUCCUUCACCUGCUGAAGCCUCAAUGCUUUGGCUUUUAUCUCCUUGUAAUGAGGAGGAUGAUGAUAACAAAGGUAACAACAGUUGCAAUACAGCUAGUACCACAACAACUAAAAUUACCCGGUGUAGGGAUUUUAUAUUUUCUCCAACUGGCCUCCCCGAGUUUCAAGGGUUUUUGGGUAGUUCUUCAUUAUGUUCUUCCCAUUUUGCACUUCCUAGUCGUAAUUGUAAUGCUAUUGUUUCAAAAGAGGAGAGAGAGCAAGGUUGGAAUCUUGCUGGAGAGAAUUCUCCAUUUUCCAUUGAUUCUUUGGGCAGUGAGAAUGUUAUUCAAACUCCGCACUCAGAUUCAAGCUCUGAUAGAUAUGUUGGCUCGUCUCGCAUCAAUGCUGAUGAUGGUCUGAAACAUGGUUUCAAAAAUGAACUUGAUUCGGUGGCAGAAGUUCUUCAAAGCACGAGCUUAUCUCCUGAGAGUCAAAUAUCAUUGUGGGAUCCAACUGACUUGAGUUUUCAUUUCCCUUGCUCAACUACAAGUCCCAAUUCCAUUGACCUUACUCAAUUUUGUAAGACUUUGGAUUAUCAAGCUUCUGGGAUAUCUAGUUCUAGUUUAGUGAAUGAGUUGCAAUUGGAGUCGAGGAUAUCAUGGAGGGAAGGAUUAGUCAGUCGUAUAUUCGAGAUGGAUGAACCGGAUUUCUGCAGAUGCUUAUCUGAUGAAGAGCAAGAUAAUGCCAAUGGCUGGUUUAUGUCCCAUAAAACUCCCAAACUCAAGGUUGACACAGGAAAUGGUCAGAUUUUAGCUGAUGAUUUUGGGUCUCCUGAAUUUUUUGAUCAUGAGCCAGACAUAGAUGGAAAGGGCAAAGAAAAGUUUUGGUCUCAAAGACACUGUUCACGUGCAGAGUCCAUAUGCACGGAUGGAGAUGGCCUGGUUGCUUCAGGGGAUUCAGAUUGGAAUCUAUGCUACAGGAACCAGUUAUUUGAAGUAUAGAGAUUCCCUCAGUUAUUCCUUUAUUUAUUUUUCCAUAUGUUUGUCUAGAAGUCCUCUAGCCUUAGUUUCAAGGUGGUUUUGUCUGAGUGGCAUUGAGAAUUGCCACCAAAGGACCACCUUUGUUGUAUUUUUUUUCCCUUUAUUAUAUUCAUUGUUUAGCACUGUUUUUCAUUUUUUUUUCCCUGUGAAAUUCAUGUUCUGAGACUUGCCUAAUCUACAUUCUACAUCAAA